UUUCUUCAACUGUCCUUCGUACUCUGUUCCACUAGCUUUCUUUUUGAUUGUUCAUAGAAUUUAGAAACUGUUUGUACUCUCCUUUUUUUUUUCCUGAUCUGAACAAGACUGACAGUUAUUUAUGUAUAAUAAUAACUAGAUAAAGGGUGUUCGGGAAUUUUUUCUUUCAGCAUAUAGUGCGGCCAUGAACUGAAAAAUUUGAAUCUUUCUUGGUUGUUUUGUGAUGGAAAAGGGGUUUUCCAGGUGGGAUAAAAGAUUAUGAUAAUUGGAGGUGUAAAGUAAAGAUGAUAUGAUCUUGUGUUGAUUUAAAGUUAGUUAAUUCUAGGUGUAUGAUUUCUUCAAGACUUGAUCUGAUAUGUUUAUCAGAAACUCACAAGGGAUAAAGAAAUAGGACAAAUCAAUAGUUAGUUAUGCGUUGACUGGAUAAUUAAGCUGUGUGGAAUUCAUAUGUCUUAUGGUUUAUCUUGACCUUUAUCUUAUUUCCUUAGCUGACUAGAAUCGAUUUCUGUGCAUAUGAUUUUUCUGUCUGUCUGAUUUCAUGAUCUUGAUAGAGGCUUGACAAAAGGAAUGUUCCACAAUGAAAAAGUGACAUUUGAAUCUUCUCCAGAUGUACUUCAAUUUGUAAAAAGGAACAUUUUGGUCCUGUUGCCAUAAAUAUAAGUAAUACAGGAGAACUCUUUCUCCUUAUCUGGAAGUAUGGUAAAGUGAACUUUUUUCUAGCUACACUUACCUUGGUAUCUGGAUGAUGAAGACAAAUGAUGCAUUAGUGCUUUCGCCAUGAGAUUCUUAUCGAGCAAUUUUAGGAAGUAAAUAUCUGAUUUCUUGUAGAGUUUGUCGAAAAGCUGUAUGCAGAGUGAAAAUAAAUCAUUCGGAUAUCUCUGCUCCAAAAGAGUAGUUGCUGCGGUUGCAAAAAAUUUCAGUUGAUAAGUGAAGAUGUGUUUUAUUGCUGCUACAAUUAUAUCCUUCUGCUGCUUAUUCAGGAUUAAAAGAAAUGGAUGAUAAGGUAUCAAGCUGGUAAAGUGGGGUCAAUAUGAGGGUGAACUGCAACUGUUAAAUUAAAAGACAGCUCGAACAUUCUCUCUGUUCCUGAUGUCUUCUGCUGAAUUAAGGUCUCGCCACAGUUCUAGAAAUGCAAAAAGAGAGUCACGGGAUCCUUCAGGCUGCAAGGAAUUUAAACUUCAUGAAUUUGAGAAAGAUAAUUCACAUGAACUUUUAAGCAUGGUAGAGCCUGAGCUCAAAGUCUAUAGCUCAGAGAGUGUUGAUAUUCUGAAAUUAUGCGGGGAAAACCAAUUGAUCGAGGAGUUCUAUCCUCAAACAUAUUGCGAUGAUGUUGCAAAGCUAGACCACCAGCUCAAAGGCUACAAUCCCUCUGCAUAUAGUUACAAAGAUACGCCAUCACUCAUGCUCGAAAAUGUAGUGGGUGACGGUUCACAGAAAACACCAGUAAAAACGGAUGCCGGAGGAUUUAUGGACUUUGAAUAUUACAGCCGCCUUGAUCCUGGAGACACCAAAAAAGCUUGUUCUAAACUGGACUCUGAAUGGAUUGGAGUAGAGAAGGCGGAACCAUGGUGGCGCACAGCUGAUAUGGAGUUAGCUGCCUCAAGUUCUCCCAGGUCAUCUGGACGUAUUGCGAAUUCGGAUCUUUCAUGGCGUCAGUGUUUGGGAAGUGAGUCAUAUAAUUGUUCUCAGUGGUCUAACCAGGUAAGUAUGACAGAGAUGGAAUCUCUGCCUACUCCUGAUUGUUAUCCAGGACAACAUCCUUCACACAGCCAACAGAGGAUACUGUGUGUUCGCAAAGGGUGCUCGACACGUGGGUUAGGACAACUAGUAAGUGGUGACGACAAUUUAAGUACUGCCAACAUCCUCUCAGCAGAAACCCAACCAGGAUCAAGCGAUCUCAGCAAAGGACAGCUGUUAGAAGCACUGUGUCAUUCUCAAACCCGUGCAAGAGAGGCCGAACAACUGGCACAGCAAGCCUACAACGAGAAGGAACAUGUGAUCAAGCUAUUCUUCAGACAGGCUUCUCACCUCUUUGCUUACCGGCAGUGGCUUCAAAUUUUGCAGCUUGAAGCUCUUGUUCUCCAGCUCAGGAAUAAAGAUGAGCAAAAUUCCGUCAACUAUUCACCUUUCUUUCCCGUUAUCCUAAACAAAGGCAGGAAACUGAAGAAGUGUGGAUAUAAUAAGCCUAUUAAGAGGAAGCCAGGAAAGGGAAAAGGCAAGAUAAACAAAUCUGCUAUAGCUUUUGCCUUGGGUUUGAGUCUUGCUGGUGCUGGUUUGCUACUUGGUUGGACCAUGGGAUUGCUAUUUCCUGCUUUCUAAACUAUCUCUGGUUUACUAUAUGACAUUCAUCACAUCUUCUCUCUAUUCACACGUGUUGCUAAAUUUAGCAUAUGUAUGUUCCAAUGUGUUUUCCAAUCAGAUUAUUCUAGUAGGUAGGAUUGCCCAUUCUGUAAAUAUAUGACUACUACGCCUUAAUCCCAAAGGCAUUCUCUGUAAAUAUAGUUGGGCUACACUAUAGUAUAUAUGUUGUGUGUGUUUUCAUA